CAUUCCCAGUCCUGUUUCCAUUCCCAGUCCUGAUCCCAUUCCCAGUCCUGUUUCCAUUCCCAGUCCUCUUUCCCAGUCCCGUUUCCAUUCCCAGUCCCGCUCCCAUUCCCGGUCCUUUCUCUCAAUCCCAUUCCCAGUCCCGCUCCCAUUCCCGGUCCUUUCUCUCAAUCCCAUUCCCAGUCCCGUUUCCCUUCCCGAUCCCAUUCCCAGUCCUUUUUCCCAGUCUUGUUCCCAUUCCCAGUCCCGAUCCCACUCCCCGUCCCGCUCCCGCUCCCGCUCCGCGCGUCCUCCCGCCCGCCAGGUGUCGCUGCGUCCCGGCGCGGGGGGGCGUGUCCCGGCGCUGGGCGUGGCCCGGGGGGCGUGGCCCGGGGGCGGCGGCGCCAAGAUGGCCGCGGUGUCGGUGUUCGCCGGCGUGCGGCUGCUCACCAUCGGGGACGCCAACGGCGAGAUCCAGCGGCACCAGGAGCAGCAGCCGCUGCGCCUCGAGGUCCGCACGGGGCCCGACAGCGCCGGGCUGGCGCUCUACGGCCAUGAAGACGUCUGCGUGUUCAAAUGCUCCGUGUGCCGCGAGACCGAGUGCAGCCGCGUGGGCAAACAGUCCUUCAUCGUCACCCUGGGCUGCAACAGCGUCCUGCUGCAGUUCGCCACCCCCACCGAUUUCUGCUCCUUCUACAACAUCCUCAAAAACUGCCGCGGCCACAACACGGAGCGCUCGGUGUUCAGCGAACGCACCGAGGAGUCCUCGGCCGUCCAGUAUUUCCAGUUCUACGGGUACCUGUCGCAGCAGCAGAACAUGAUGCAGGACUACGUGCGCACCGGCACCUACCAGCGCGCCAUCCUGCAGAACCACAGCGACUUCAAGGACAAGAUCGUGCUGGACGUCGGCUGCGGCUCCGGCAUCCUCUCGUUCUUCGCGGCGCAGGCCGGCGCGCGCAAGAUCUACGCGGUGGAAGCCAGCACCAUGGCGCAGCACGCCGAGGUUUUGGUGAAAAGCAACAACCUGACGGAGCGGAUCGUGGUGGUGCCGGGGAAGGUGGAGGAGGUGGCGCUGCCCGAGCAGGUCGACAUCAUCAUCUCCGAGCCCAUGGGCUACAUGCUGUUCAACGAGAGGAUGCUGGAGAGCUACCUGCACGCCAAGAAGUACCUGAAACCCAGCGGAAACAUGUUCCCCACGAUCGGCGACGUGCACCUGGCGCCGUUCACCGACGAGCAGCUCUACAUGGAGCAGUUCACCAAAGCCAAUUUCUGGUACCAACCGUCCUUCCACGGCGUCGACCUCUCGGCGCUUCGCGGCGCCGCCGUCGAUGAGUAUUUCCGGCAGCCGGUGGUGGACACCUUCGAUAUCCGGAUUUUAAUGGCCAAAUCCGUCAAAUACACCGUGAAUUUCUUAGAAGCCAAAGAAGGCGACUUGCACAGGAUAGAAAUUCCCUUCAAGUUCCACAUGCUGCACUCGGGGCUGGUGCACGGCUUGGCGUUCUGGUUCGACGUCGCCUUCAUCGGCUCCAUAAUGACGGUCUGGCUCUCGACGGCGCCCACGGAGCCGCUGACCCACUGGUACCAGGUCCGGUGCCUCUUCCAGUCGCCGCUUUUCGCCAAAGCCGGGGACACGUUGUCGGGGACGUGCCUGUUGGUGGCCAACAAGAGACAGAGCUACGACAUCAGCAUCGUGGCGCAGGUCGACCAGACGGGCUCCAAAUCCUCCAACCUCCUGGACCUGAAAAACCCCUUUUUCAGGUACACAGGGACGACGCCUUCGCCCCCCCCCGGCUCCCACUACACGUCCCCAUCGGAGAACAUGUGGAGCGCGGGCGGCGGAUACAACAUGAGCGCGGGGAUGGCGGUGGCCGGGAUGCCGGCGGCCUAUGAUCUGAGCGGCGUCAUCGGCGGCACCAACGUCACCCACAACAACCUCAUCCCCUUGGCCAACACCGGCAUCGUCAACCACACCCACUCCAGGAUGGGCUCCAUCAUGAGCACCGGGAUCGUCCAGGGCUCCUCCAGCGCUCAGGGCGGCGCCGGCUCCAGCCCCCACUACUACCCCCCCCUGAACAGCCAGUUCACCAUGGGGGGCCCCCCCUGUCCAUGGCCCCCCCCCAUGUCCAUCACCACCAACACCAUGCACUACGGCAGCUAAGGGGGGGCCCCAACCCCCCCCGACCGACACACCCCCCAACCCACCAGACGCUUUGGGGCCCCCCCAGAAGAUUUGGGGUCCCCCCCACCCCCCAUCCCCUUCCAACCCCAGGAGGAUUUGGGG